UGUAAUCCAUACAGAUCAUUGAACACCAGAAGGUCGCAAAAUUUUUGUUGAUCUACAAAUGUUUUUCACUCUAUUUGAAUGAAAAGCGCACUGGCUAUGAUCUGUAGAUCUGCGCACUUAAGAUCCCGUUCUAUCUCUCGCGAUAUGUGAGCGGCGUUCACGUUUUCCGUUCGGCGAAGGUUUUUUGGGUUAACCCAUUUUUUAUCUGAGGGAGAAGAUGUCUCAAAAAGAAACGACUCCGUCUCCCUCCAUCAUUCCCCUUCGCUCUGACCAACAUAAGCUGAGUAUCCUGAGCAAAUUCGACAAACUACGUCAAAAAGACCUGCUUUGUGACAUCACCCUUGUUGUAGAGGACGUACACUUCAAGGCGCACAAAGCCCUGCUGGCGGCAAGCAGUGCGUACUUCUCUCUUAUGUUCACAGCAGAGCACCAGGCCCCUCAGUCCACCUACACGCUGGACGGUAUGGCGGCCAAGAUGUUCGCCGCUGUGCUGGAGUUCAUCUACAGCGCCCAGGUGUCUGUGGAAGAGAGCUGUGCUGAGCAGCUCCUGGCUGCAGCUCACAGGGUAAAGGUCACUGAACUGGUUGAUGCUCUCACUGAGCUCAAAAACUCUACAAAUGGAGGAAUAAAGGAUGAGGCAAAAUCAGAGAGAGCUCAGGUGGCCGAUCUGUCAAAACGCAAAAGAGGACGGCCAAAGAAAAAUACGGUCAUACCCUGCGAGGACUCUGAAAAAACUCAGGCUGCUGAGGGAGAACCUGCGAAAGACGAGGAGGAUCAUAAUGCUGGACCUGACAAGAGGAGUCACAGCAAGCGUAAAAUAAGGACGCCAGUUAAAUACAAGGGCUACAGAAUUAGCUAUGAUGGAGCAGGAAGCAAAGAGCCUGGAAAGAGGGGCGGGAAGAGGAAAUACCCCAACACCGAGGCCCGAUGUGAAGAAUGUGGGAAAGUGUUCAAGCACCAUCUCUUUUUAAAGAUUCACCAAAGAACUCACACUGGAGAGAAGCCGUUCCACUGCACCGUUUGUGGGAGGAGCUUCACCCAGAAGCACGCCCUGCUGGCCCACCAGCGGAUACACACUGGAGAAAAGCCCUUCGUCUGCAGCAUAUGUUCAAAAGCAAUGUCCACCAAACACUCUUUGCAAGAGCACAUGAACCUCCAUGGAGAGGAGAAGUCCUUUGACUGUGAUAAAUGUGAAAAGACCUUCACUCAAAAGAAGCAGCUAAAAAGCCACUACAGAGUCCACACAGGUAAAUCUUUGCCAGAAUGUGAUCUAUGUCAUCACAAGUUUAUGGAUGCAGCUCAACUGAAGAAGCACCUCAGAACCCAUACAGGUGAGAAGCCUUUCACCUGUGAGAUUUGUGGCAAAUGUUUCACAGCCAAGAGCACGCUGCAGACACACAUAAGGAUACACAGAGGGGAGAAGCCGUAUAAAUGUAAUAUCUGUGAGAAGUCUUUCUCAGACCCCAGUGCAAGGCGGCGCCACAUUGCCUCUCACUCUGGGAAGAAACCCUUCACCUGCCUCGUUUGCGGCCUUUCAUUCACACGGCUGGACAACCUGAAAACACACACCAAAUCUCACAACAAGGAGAGACCCAGCGCCACAGAGGCCGCAUCGGCCGCCCCCCAGGAGGAGGCGCGCGGCGUCUUACAGCUGCAGCAGUACCAGCCAGCCCUCAGCUCCGAGCAAGGGAUCCAGCUGGUGGUGCCUGAGGGAGUGAACAGCAUAAACUUUAUCCCGAGUCAGGAUCGGGAGAUCAGCCUCAUCGCAGCAAACGGAGAAACGGCACAGUCAGCCCAUUCCAGACUGACACUCCUCACCCAGCCGUCAGGACAGAUCCAGAACCUGGCGCUGCUCAGUCAGGGCGAUACUGCGGCCCAGACGCAGCAGAUUCACUCCAUCAGCAUGCUGGAGAGCCACCCGCCUGAGCAGAUGCACGUCAUCACUCUGAGUAAAGAAGCCAUGGACCACCUGCAGGCCCACCAUGGUCCUCCGCAUCCUCUCCACGUAACCCGUCCCAUCCAGGUGAUGCAGCAACCGCCCAGCGUCCAUCAGCAGAGCUCCCAGGGGAUGGUGAACGGGCAGCAGCAGAGUCAGGCCAUCCACAUCAGCAGCCAGGUUAGCCAGCCCAUCUCCAUCAGCCAGACCAGCGAGCAGAUCUCCAGCCAUCACAUCCAGGGACAGACGUUCCAGAUCCAAGCGGGGAACGUGUCAUACCUGUACACCACCGGCCUCCCACAGGACAGCUGAGACCUGCAUGUUUGGAAGCUGACAAAGUUUAAUGGAGGAGUUGGUGUUUACUGAGAACUGAGAAAAA